AAGACGUGCGCGCGGUUUGUUAUCGUUCUUGAUUUCGUCCACACCUUUUGAAAGCUGCGAAUGAGCGGGGAACACGCGUACCGGCAAUAAAAGCGGCGGCAGCAAAACAGAGUAGAGCCAUAAAAGAGUAAUUAUUACAAAAUCGUGUUCGGCGUGUAAAUUGGUUGGUGUUGGUGUCGGGUUUUGUCGGUUCAGGCCACGUUAAUGCAUAAUGCGGUGUAAAGUGCAGAGCAUAAACCAGUUCACAGUGUCGCCCCAAACGCCGGUCCCGGCUUGCUUUCAAUUAAACCAGUGCCAGGCAGCAGCAGCAGCAGCGUCGCCCCAAGCGACCAACUAGUUUGUGUGCGUGUGUGCAGCCAGCAGCCACAGAAAACGGCCAAAAGCAAAGGAAUUUAUGCGGCGGCCGAGAGCCGAAAACAGACAACAAUAGGUAAAGCAGGAGACGGAAUCUGAAGCUGCAGAGGAUUCAAGCCCAGAAGUUGUUUGACCAGUUUCUCUGUCUGUACCAGUGUGAGUUUGUGUCUCUCUCGCUCUUUGUUUUUUGGCUAAAAGGCAGACGCAGAGAUAGUGUUUGUGUGGUAUGAAUCUAGUGCCCGAUCCGUACGUGAGCAGUGCCCCAAGUCAAUGAGGAGGAGGAGCAGCAGCUAGUGAAGCCAGCAUCCAAGCAGCCAAGAGAUGCCCUUUGUACAGCGCGUGGUGCAACCCGUAAAUGUGGCCCAGGCGACGGCCGCCAGCCUUGGACAUGCCUCCACCCGCUUCCACUGUGCGCCCGGCAAGUGCAAAAACAACAACUGCAUCAACAAGCAGUCGCCAGAGGCGGGAACGGAUGUCGCCGACUGCCGGGCCACCUCGCCCACCUCGCCCUCGCUGACCAGAGUCCUGGUGCAUGUGAACGGGGAUGGAGAGGACGGAGCCGGUCAGCCCCACCCACCAGCGGCCCUUCCCAUGAAGAAGCUGAAGCAGCACGUCGAAUUCCUCUCGACCUCGCCGACGCACGGCCCGAGUCGUGCCUCCCAGUCGUUGCCCAAUUCGCGGCACCCCAGCCAGCAGCGUCCGACGAUGGCGCGGAACGCCAGCGCCCCACAUUCACCCACCGCCGGCUCCUCGAAAGUCGUCUCCGGCCACGAGUUCGACUCCAUCAGCAACAUCACCCUGAGCAAUGCCCUGCGGCAGCUGGCCAGCCUGGUGCUCAUCGCCAGCGACAUCUUCGACGAUCUGCAGCGGGACCUGCAGUCGGUGGGCGAGCGGGCCGGGCGGGUCCAGCGCAAGAUAGCGGCCGUGGAGCGGCGCGUGUGUGCCUACGAUCCGAAAAUGGUCACAGUUCCUGAAAGCGACCUCCUCACCUUUGCACAGCGCAAGGAGCACUACGAGACGGACAAGUCAUUCCAGCAGGAGCUCUUCACCGGCGACACGCGGCCGCUUAGCGUUCGCCAGCUGUACACGGAGGCCGGCAAGGACCGGCCCGUUGGAGCGGCCACCGCAGGAGCCCUCGCGGCUCUGGCCCAGUCCAAUGCCACGGCCACGGGCACCACUCCGCCGCGUUCCAUUUCCUUCAACGGGGACGGAACGACGGGGGCCUACCACAAUGGUCACGAUGUCCUAACGAACGGAGGCGGAGUCUCCGAGGACUCCGAGGACUAUUUGAUCUGCGUGUCCGACUUUGGCAAUGCCAAUCGCAAGCUGCGCACGCGCAUCGAUGCCGAGAUCGAGAUACGUUUGCCCGCUGCCAUCGAGGAUCUGCGGAAGUGGACCUCCAGCGAGGCGCUGGGUGAUGUCACCGUCACGCCCGAUUGCAUGCACCAUGUGGACACCUCGAUAAGCACCUCCAUGGUCAUCGGCGACAGUGGCGUCCACACGCCCGCCCUCUCUCCGUCCGUGCUGUCCGCCGAUGCCGCCGACGCCCUGUACGCCCAGAACCUUAGCCAGGCGGCGGACAGCAGCUCCCACCAUCAUCAUCAUCCAUCCCAUCAUCACAAUCAGGCAUUGCUGCCGAACGAUAUCAAUAAAGAUGUGCCUUUGAAUCAUCGACUGCCUUCACCCGAGGAGCAGACCAAACAGAUUGCCUUAAAAUACCCCGCCGAAGUGAUUUCGGUGAACAUUUCUGGAAAGAAUUUCCAGCGAAUGUGUGCGGCCCGCAAGUCCACGGCAGGAUGCUUUGCCGGUGGCACCACCCCGGCGGCCUCCUCGAGCAGCGCCAGUCCCGAAAACGGACAGACGGAGGCCAACAACCUGGACGACAACGUGCAGACGGUUAGCCGGAGGUCGCGGUCCCGCAAGGUGCGCGGCAAGCGGAGGAACACGAUAGCCGGCAUCGACCAGAAGGAGAUCCAAGACGCAGCCAAUGGCAGAAAUGGAGAGUCCUCCUCGAAGCAGAAUGCCUCAUCGAGUGCCACAUCGCCGGCACCGGCUGCGGCCAGUGCGGACACGCCGGAGGGCGCCAAGAAGUCGAAGAAGUUCGGACGCAGCAAGUCCAGCGACAUCUUAAAAAAGGAAUCUGUUGCCUUGCCCUACGACAAAGGCAAGAGCACCCUGACCCGCCUCAACUCCCUGAAGCAGUGGGGCCGCAACCGGUUCAAGUUCAUGCACCGGGCGGGAGAGCUGAACGGCCUUGGGGAGAGCAGCCAGCUGGACACCAGCGGAUGCAGCUCCCAGAACAGUUCCGCCGAGAAGCCGGACAGCAGCAGCCAUGGAUCGCCGCCGGGCCUCGGCUCCUCGAGCGUGGAGCGGGGUGGUGGCAAGUCCAAGGCCAGCGCGAAACCCAAGCGCGACAUUGACGAAGAGUGUGUGGUGCACGAUCUGAUCGCCCAGAAGAGUGAAUCUCGGUUUUCGCACGAACGAAAACCCUCGUAUUCCUCCUCGGAGAAGAGCAUGAGCGUGUCGAGCAGCGGCCAGCUGAGGGGCAAGCUCCAGCUCUCCUCCACGCUGGCGGCGGCCAACGUGAAGAUGCGGGAGACGGCCACGCUGAACAGACAGCGGCGGAACGGACUGCACGGCCUGGCCGGCAAGGAUGAGCAGCCGCACUCUUCUAGCGGCAACUGGAGCGCCAGCUCCGAGUCGGGACGCGCCUCCAUCGGCAGUGAGAUCACCAUGCAGCCCAAGUCUAGUGCCUCCAACACCUCGCUGAAUGUGUCCAGCUUCCAGCCGUGCAACAGCAGUGGACCGCCCUCCUCAAUGAUGAGCCGGCGGCGAUUCCUGAACACCUCCGCCUCGAGCAGCGUGACCAGCGAGGGCACAGCUACGCCGGAGCUGCAGACGGAGGCUGGGGCGUAUCCCAACCAUCUGGACGACGAGACCAGCUCCGCGUACAGCUGCGACACCGAGGGCUACUACACCUCUUUCCACAUGGACAGCGGCCUGCGCACGCUCAAGGAGGAGGAGCCACCGAUGACCCCGCUGCAGCAGAGCCUGCACACCAGCUCCUACUCCUUCGGCAGCCAGUCGAACCAGACGGUGCUCAACGCGGAGAACGAGUACGAGCUGUACGGCCGGGGUUCCACCUCGACCACGACCAGUUCGGCGGGCACUGUCUGCACCACGCUCCUGAACGGAGCCAUCUCCGGGCCGGAUGUGCCGGAGCGGACCAGCUCGCUGGGCAAGCACAGCUCUGGCCAGAGCCAGAGCCACAGUCAGAGCAACAGCAACAGUGCCAGCAGCAGCACCCUGGAGCGGAGCUACAGCAGCAGCACCAUCGGCAGCACACUGGAACGGACGGGAACCAUCAAGAGGAACGUGAAGAUGGCGCCCAAUGCUGAGGAUGCUGCCAAGCAGGAGGAUCAGCAGCAGCAGCGUUCGGCCAUGCCUCUACCGGGCGGGGCAACGGAGCUGGAGUUCUCGGAGAGCUCGGAUCUGGAGGGAGUGGAGCGCAUCGAGCGGAUCAAGCAGAAGACGGCCAUCACCUCGAAGCGGAUUCCCUCGAUGUGCAUCAUCACGCCCACGACCAGCGACGAUGACGAGCACCACUCGCAGGCCGAUCGAACCCUCACCAAUCUCUCCGUGGACGUGGAUGUGGACCAGGAUGAUGCCGCAGAGCCGGAACAGAGGACACCAACAAAUGCGAAUGCGGAGAGUAGCAAAGACCACAACCUAAACGAGCUGAAGCAGACGCCAACGAAAGCUUUGAGCGGAAUGUUUGAGAAGCUCAAGGUGAAGCUUGUGCCGGGAAAAAGCUCUCCGGUUAAGCCAAAGCCUAAGCCCGCCUCCGCCAGUGCCGUCAAUGACGACGAGCUUUACGACCUGGCGGGCGAGUACGUCACCAUUGCGGAUAUCAGCAACAACAACAACAAUCACAGGGCAAAGAUUACGCCCUCGGGCGCUGGCUCCAGCCUCGGCAUCUACUAUUCCAAUGACAUAGUUCGUCGCGGAGCCUCGGCUUCGGCUGCUGCUACGUCCGAGUACGUGUCGCUGAACGAGCUGCCUCAGCACUUGCGUCGGCAUGCAACCCAUGGCUCUCCCUCUGCCCUACCGCUGCCGCUGAGCGAGAGCGGGGCCUGCGCACAGCUGCUGCUGCCCGGUGAGACGGCAGCAGCUGGCAAGGCCACCCCGCCACCCCAUCUGCAGCAGCAGCGGCAGAGGCAGCAACCCACCCGGAGCGAGGGUUGCGGGGUGCCGAUGUAUGCGGAAAUCAGCGAACUGCGCGAGGAGAAAUCGCUCGUCGCCGCUCAGCAGCAGCAACAGCAGCAGCAGCAGCGUCGGGUGCGCACGACGGCCGAGGGCAGAGUCAUAUACGAUUCCGACAGCUUGAAGCGGCGCAAGGGUGCACACACCACUUUUGCACCUGGGCCCUACGUAAAGGAAACCGAAAGUGCCCUGCUCAGUGCAACGCGAGACGCCGCUACGGGCGAAAGUGCAACAUCAGCAGCAGCAGCAGCAGCAGGAGAACCCGGAUCUAUAGAAGCAGAAUCCACGGCCACAUCCCCUCUGACGGCGACAACAAAGAGCGCCAAGCUAUUGCUAUUGAGCAGCGGCGGUAUCGCUGGCAACCACCGCAAGGUGGCCAAUGUGCGUCCCAUAGUAGCCAAGUCGCCGCUCAGCAAGAUCCCUCAGAGCAGCAGCAUGGCUGCGUAUCAGUCAGCGACAGUCGGCGGAGGCACCUACCAGGAGCAGAAGCAGUUGCUGGCCAACCACACGAAUCCCUUCUACGAAACAAUUGCAGCCGCCGCCGCUGCCCCGGCAACGGGCAACAUGAUGCCUUCGCCCUCGGGCAACUCCAACUCAUCGACUGGCUCCACGGCCACCAAUUCGUCCUCCUCUACGGCGUCGGCCCACUCCGGCGAAGAAGGGUAUCAACGUUUCUCUAACAUCUAUGAGCAAGUGCAGCCUGCACAGACCACCACACAGCCCACAGAUGACUCAGCCACGCCAUUCCAGCGAAGCGCACCCAUCUACUGGACACUGCAGAGUCGCCGCAACCAGCAGAAAGCACAGCCUAGUGGCAACGUUACCUGCCGGGAUGAUCUGUACGCCACGCCAAUACGGCGAGCCGAUCGCCUGGCCCGGGCAGCGGCCGCCACUGGAGCUGCUGGCCCCUCAGUGGACAACCCAGAUGGCAAAAGCAACAUAUCGCCAAUUGUGCCAAGGACUCGCGGCGGAGCCUUCCUCACGUCCACGCCCACUCGCGGUGAGGUGGAGAAGGCAGGAGAGAAUGCCCAAGUACCGCCAAUGAAGCAGCCCUCGCGAAACUGGUCCGAUGAUGCGCCGGAGCGACUGAACACUUGCGCCGAUCGCAUUGGUCAGAGCAAGACGACGUUGAUGGACUUCAAGAAGCUGCUGCUGGCCAAGUCAGCCAAGACGAGUCCCGUACAGCGGAAAAUGUCAGCCGUGGAACUGCUGAAGAAGUCGUGCGGUCAAACAUCUGGCCCAGCACCAACGACGAAGGCCAGUGGACCUGCUGCCAAAGUGGGAACUGCAGCGCCAGGAGCAGCCAAGGCCACGAUUAACUCCAGUCUCAAGCUGCUCGAUCUGAGCGGCUCGCCAAAGACGUUUGCCAACCGCAGGAUGCUGCGUCAGGGCCAGUUCGGAUCGCCAUCCAAGACCUUUGUGCCAAAGGCCCGUGGUCCUGUUAAUGUGGUGGCCGCUGCAUCUGCCGCACCACGAACGGACAUUAUGUCCACCACAAUACCAGAGGCCAACAGCGAGGAGGAUCACUCCAACACAAGCGGAGGAUCACGUGCCAGCUCUGAGGCGGGAGAAACAGCAAUCAGCCCUCCUGUUGUCACCUCCAGCUACGAUCUGAAGCGCAAUUUUUUCCUGCAAACCGAGCAGAACAACUUCAUGCGCGGCGAGUUUAAGCACACCUUCGCGGGCAAAGGAGGCAACUCUGCAGGAUCCAGUGCAGAGAGCAACAAAUGUGCGAACGCUCCACUAGUGGCCACUGCACUGCCGUCGUUUGAGACAGCCCUCUAAGAGACUUGGCGAUGCAAACGGGUCUAACCCGCCUUUGCAUUCGCAGGAGGCACAGAAGUAGGACCCG